AUGGACCCAUCAAAACCACCUUCAAAAAUUGAUGGAGAAAUUGAUCAAAUGAGAAUUCUUUUCAUGAAUGUAUGUCUUGGGCUUUCAAAUGAGAGAGAAAUGGUGUCAAAAAUCGAAUCAAUUUCAAAAGCAAAAGUGCAAGAUUAUAAAUAUUUUCAACACCAGAAUCAAUUGUUUGUAGAGUUUGCAAAUGAACCAGAUGUUCCUAAUAUAAUGAAAGAACUAUGCACUAGACCAUUGUUAGGACACAUGGCCUCAUUCGAAAGAAUUCCCAAGACCAAUUUUGUCCAGAUUAUAUCUCAGGGACCAGUUGGCAAAGAAAUGAAAAAGUACACCUUAGAUUCGGAAACAUUCUCUGUGAGACCUUAUUACACUGACAAUGUCUUGCCCCAGGAGUUUUACUGGUACCAUCAAUCCUGUCAUCAUGCAAAAUUUCCAAGUAGAGAGGAAUGCCGACUUACGAAUAAUGGGGAUGUUGUUGGUAGUUCCGGUAAGAAGAAAAAGAAACCUUUCCUCCACUUCGUUCCUCAAUUUUAUGAACGAGUUUGUGAAAUUGCCUUCAAAGAGUAA